AUGACAGGACGAGGCAAAGGCGGGAAAGGUCUCGGGAAAGGCGGUGCCAAGCGCCACAGAAAAGUCCUCCGAGACAACAUCCAAGGAAUAACGAAGCCCGCGAUUCGAAGAUUGGCGAGACGUGGUGGUGUCAAAAGAAUAUCCGGCCUCAUUUACGAAGAGACUAGAGGAGUUUUGAAAGUGUUUCUCGAGAAUGUCAUUCGGGACGCGGUCACGUACACGGAACACGCGAAGAGAAAAACUGUGACUGCAAUGGACGUUGUUUACGCUUUGAAGCGACAAGGCAGAACGCUGUACGGUUUUGGAGGU